UUUGGCACUCUAGCUCAUAAGCUAUAUUAAAUAGUUUAUUAAAAAUUUAUCUUAUAAGCUAGUUUAUUCCCACAGCAUUCGAAAAGUUGCAUAUUUACCUGAUAGGAGAAGUUUGAGUUCAGUUGGUAAGCAGGUAGAAACAUAAAUGGCGAUUGAUGGGAGUUUUGGUGUUGAAUAUGAGCUGCAAAGGUUUCUUCUUCGGUGUCCCAAGCUUGCGGCUGCUCUCCAAUUAGAUAACUUAGUCGAGAAGGGGAAAAUUUUGACAGAGAAAGAGUUGAUUGAUGGAGUAGCUGAGUUACUUUUACAUCCUCGAUAUACAAUUCCAUUAUUGGGAUGCUUUCGUCCAAUAGCACGAAAGAUUGUCGACCGGGUUGUUGCUUUACUACAUUUGGUGCCCGAUUUGACAUCAAAUUCCAAUGAUUCGAUGAUUGAGUUCGAUGAUGGAAGAUUAUUUAAGGAUAAUGAAAGUUCAGAUUAUGAACAAGAUAUUUCUGUUAUUAAUUUAUAUGUCAAAUAUGGGAGAGGUCUGGGACUUCACGAGCUUUCCUGUUUGGCAUUUUCACGAACACUUGAUAUGCUACCUUAUCUUACUGGGUCUGUAAAGGAUUACUUUAAGUUUGCACCUCCUCCAUUUAAAAGGAUGAUGGAAAAGGAAUCAAUGGCCCAAUCAUUAUCAUUAGUGCAGCCAGGAACACAUCUAUUAGAUGCUGUGCAAGUAUCAUAUCGUCUCCUUUUAGCAGAGCCUGAAGUUUUUGCUAAGCUAUGGGAUUGGUCAUGUUAUAUGGACCUUAUACAUGAGAUCACUAGUCUUAACAAUGGAGAAAAUACAGAGAUUUUGAUGGACAUAAGAUGGUGUGCAGUGCAAACAUUAACAAUGGUUUUGAACAUGAGUGACAAGUUUAUUAGAAAAAGUAAAACGAGUGACUUGGCAACUUCAGAUUUUGGGUUCGAUGAUGAAAAAGCAUAUGGGUGUUUAUUAAGGUGGAAGGAAUUUCUUCAGGACGUGUCAUUAGAGAAGGCUGGUUGGUAUCUUGAACCAUUUGGGGAAAACACAAGUGUAGGGCAACCAAAUUGGAGCAAUAUGGAGGCAAAAUGGGAUACACUUAAAACUGGAAGUCCUUUUGUUUUAACAUCUGCUGUGAAGAAAAGUUUUGAGAUGGUAUUGUUGGCAGUGAGUCAGAGGUGGCCUGUUCUUCUUUAUGGUCCAGCUGGCGCAGGCAAAACUGCUCUCAUUAGCAGGUUAGCCCAGGGGCAUGGGAGUCAAGUUCUUUCUAUUCAAAUGGAUGAGCAAAUUGAUGGAAAAACACUAAUCGGGACUUAUGUAUGUGCUGAACAACUCUUCAAUACCUUCUUGACUAAGUUAUCUAAUUGGGGAGCAGCCACAAGCUUGGGACACCAAAGAAGAAACCUUUGCAGCUCAUAUUCAACACAAAAACUCCCAUCAAUCGCCAUUUACACUUCUACCUGCUUACAAAUUGAACUCGAACUUCUCCUAUGAGGUAAAUGUGCAACUUCUCGAUGGCUGUGGGAAUCAAAAGAGCAUAAAAAGUGGACACAUACUAACAAACAAAUUAUUGACUGACGACCGCCAUUACAGGCUCUAAUGAACAAAGAUACGUUUGUUAAAAGGGAAGACUGACCUGAGUCGGAGAGAAGGUAAUUGAUUGAAGACGAAAUAUGAUUGUAAAGGUUGUUUUCAGGUGAAGAAAUGUAUUGCUGUAGAAGGGUUUAGGGUUUAAGAGUAAAAUAACGUUAAAGGGGGUGGUUGGCCUGUCUUUUUGAGAGACAAAAAUUUUUUUAAAAAAAGAUAAAGGGCUGAACAUUUUAAAAGUAAAAUAAUGUUAAAGGGGGAUGGUUGGCUGUUUGAUAAAAACAUUUUAAAAGUGACUUUUGGAUUUUAGAUAGAAAAAAAAUGAUUUUUUGGAAAAGUUAGGAAAACUUAAUUUUUUGUAACUUUUUCAAAAAGGACUUUUGUCUCUCAAAAAGACAAGUCAAACACCCUCUAAAUACAUUUCUGUGUGUACGUUAGAGACGAGGGAUAAAUGUCUAACAGGCCAGAUCUUACCGCCUUAGAAUUAACGUUCGGCCCAUCAUCGUGAUUUGAAUUUUUUAAGCGAAAAUUAAAUUAUAUAUAAAUAUAUUUUGGAAUAAUUAAAAAAAAAAAAGACAAAACUACAAAUGGUCUUGUGUAUGAAUUUUUUUCAGGUUUUAGUCCAAACUCCGAUUUUUUUGAAUUGGUGGUUCAGCUAGUUUCAUUGCAGGAUUGGUCUUUGUUAAAUUAAAUAAAGAAGGGUCUCUCUCUCUCUCUCUCUCUCUCUCUCUCUCUCUCUCUCUCUCUCUCUCUCUCUCUCUCAAAUGGUCAUUGUUCAUGUAUGAAAUUCAAACAACUUCUUCAUAAAAAAUAGAGGUGAGCGUGGUGCGGUUAUUAGCUAAAACCUUACCACUAACCACAAAUGCGGUUAAUCCGUCUUCAAAACCGAAUGGUCCGGUUAUUUUUGCGGUGCGGUUUUGUUUUUUCUAUGUUGCGGUUAUUAAUCGCAUGGAUUUGGUGCGGUUAUUUUGUGUGGUUUUUAACCACAGUUUACAGCUAAAAUAGUUUUAAGAGUUUCAACAUAUUACUUGUAAUAAUAAUAAAAAAAA